UGUGUGACGUCACGGCCGAGAGAGAAGGAAGGUGAUCAAAAGUCCAUUGUAAUCUUCAGGGAAUCCCCCAAAAUAUCUGCCAGAGGCUUAUUCCCCUCCCCCGGUUGUCAUGGGAGGGUGUAUAGGGGCUAACCGAGACAAUGGCCCACCUUCUAGGGAGUCGUCGGAUGUGACAGUUUCAAUAGGAAGGAACCAACCUCUGAAGGCGGAGAAACCGAAGUGGAAGAGUGACGUGCAGCUGACUGAGGGACAGCUCCGCAGCAAGCGAGAUGAGUUCUGGGACACGGCCCCAGCGUUUGAGGGCAGGAAGGAGAUCUGGGAUGCCCUGAAGGCAGCUGCCUAUGCCCUGGAGACUGGAGACCACGCCCUGGCUCAAGCCAUUGUUGAUGGGGCCAAUAUUUCACUACCACAUGGAACACUAAUGGACUGUUACGAUGAGCUGGGUAACCGUUACCAGCUGCCUGUGUACGUUCUGAGUGCACCGACCAACCUGAUUGAGGAACUCAGUGAAAGUGACAACGGGCAAGACACAGACAAUUCCUCACCUGGGAUUGAAAUUCCAAUCAAAUUCCGCCUUUCUCACACAAACAAGGACAUCAAAAUGCCUGUUCGUACAACUGACUCUGUCUAUAAAAUCAAGAAGCGAAUCUGUGAAGAAGAAGGGAUUGAGGUGGUAAGACAGCGAUUCUUCUACUCUGGGCGAUUGCUCAAUGAUAAACUUCGUAUCGAGGACGCAAAGAUUCCGAAAGGCCAUGUGAUUCAAGUUAUAGUGACCAGGAAAGAAGAAGAGCUUUAAGGCAUGACAUGAGUUAUCUCCCUUUAAUUGACUUUUCAUGCUGAAGUUUCACAGUAAUUUCAAUGUAUUCAAGGUAAUGACCAAGAGACAAAGUGAAAUAAAUAGAUCUUAGUAGACGUA